UUGUUGAUAAGAGAUUUCCUAAAAUACCGUCACGACUACAGCUACUUAGUGACAUCAUUGUACAUAAUGAUACACAAGUCGUCGCUAUGUGUGUGUGUGUUCAUAGUUCGUACAUUUCUCUCAAAUUGAAGAUAAAAAUGCAACAAUAAUCACGUGACCAUCCAUCAAGAUGGCGGACGAGGGUGUACUUCCGCUCUUAUGAUGUAGAUUGUGAAAAGAAGAUUAACGUUCAUCAAAUGCUGAGGUGUCUUUGGAAUAUUUCGUGGAGCGCACCUGCUGUGUAGUUCCCGACGUGAAUCUACAGACAUGGGAUCGCGUGUCAAAGAGAACCCGGUGAAGUUGUUCGAAGUGUUUGUGGAGGUGGCCAAGCCUGAAGCUGGGCAGGAUGCUUUCAUCCUGCAGCAGUAUCCUCCAGAGUAUGAUGAUGCGGAAGUACUUAAGACUAUACCAAGGUUUGUCUACCCUUGUGAGAUGGACUGCUCCAACGUAGAUCACUUCACCUUUGUGUUGACCGACCAGGACAGUCAGUACAGGUUCGGCUUCUGUCGACAUGCAACCGGCGCACAAACCUGCCUCUGUGUCAUCAGCUUCCUGCCAUGGUUUGAGGUGUUUUACAAGCUGCUGAAUAUGGUAGCGGAGCUGCUGAACCGCACGGACGACAACAGCCUGACGCCCCUGCUGGAGAACACCUUCAAUCAUGAGAUCCCCAUGCCGGGGGUGCCUGUCACCAUCCUUGCCCAACAGGAGAUGUUCAGCUUCACAAGUCCUGAUCUCUCCCAACUACCCAAUAUUCCUUCUAGUCGUAAUUUAACAGAAUACUACAAUGCAAUAGAUACAAACAAUAUGAUGGUCAUUUUUGCCAGUAUGCUCAAUGAAAGGCGGUUGCUGUUUACUUCGAAGAAACUGAGUCGGUUGACGGCGUGCAUCCACGGGGCCGAGUCUCUUCUUUAUCCUAUGCAUUGGCAGUACCUGUUUAUACCUGUAUUACCUGCCCACCUAAUAGAUUAUGCCUCAGCACCCAUGCCGUAUGUGAUAGGAGUCCACACAACACUAAUGGGCAAAUUGCGGCCAUCUGAACUUGGUGAUGCUGUGAUCGUUGAUGCAGACAAGAACACAGUUCAGACAGAACAUAGCGACCUCGAGGACCUGCCAGAGGAAGUGUUGGCCUACCUCAAGAAACAUCUGAAGGGGGAACGUGUGAAGAGUUCCAUGCUGGAAUCGGGGGACGCCAUUUCUCGUGCAUUCCUCAAUGCUCUCGUCAGACUCAUAGGUGGAUAUCGUGAUGCGCUCAAGUUCCACACGGGAGAGCCAAUCACAUUUGAGCCUGACGCUUUCGUGACAUCACGUGCAACUCCCUCCAUGCAAGCGUUCCUGCAGAAGAUGCUCCAGCUGCAGAUCUUCCAGCAGUUCAUCAAUGGCCGCCUUGAAAUCCUGAACUGUGGUGAAGGCUUCAAUGACCUGUUUGAGAAGGAGGCUGUGCUCCACGCUGACAAACUCAAUACUCAGUCCAAGUACAAGGAGUGGGCCGGCAACAUGAAGCGACAAGGGAAGAAGUUCCAGAAGAGUGGGAAGGAGGUUCUGUCUGACGUGAGAGAGAGGGCACCGAUUAUGAUGAAUUCUGCUGUUCAGUCUAUGAAGCACCAGGGUAAGAAGGCUGUUUCCGGUAUCAAGGCAAGAUUAAACGAGAUUAACGAGAGCACAAAGAACUCGAAAGGUCUCCGGAUGGGAUCUCAGCGCACACCUGACCGACAGAGACCAGCCACUAUCAUUGGACCGACCAUAAAGGGCUCGCGGCCUCCAAGACCUCCGCCAGUGUCAGCUGCCAAUCUCAGAGCAAAAACAUUAGAGAGGCCAACGACGAUGUACAAAGUGCUGGACGUCCCUGAAGAUGAGUCUACGACAGACGAUGACCCGAUGUCAACAUACCAGCGUGUAAGCUGCAGCCUCCUGUCCGACCCAGAAAUACAGCAGGCAUACCAACGAUCUCCCACCUCCGAACUCUGUGGAGAGCAAGCCAGUGAUGACUCCUCAGUGGAAACUCCCUCAAGUGGCUCGCAGACACCUGCAGAGAUGGAGGAUUCUGGGAUACCAUACAUUGGGCUGAACUCAAGCCCUGCGCCACAAGUCACAAAUGAUACUCAGGCAGAGUUGUCUCCCUUACCAAGGUCCUCUCCUGUGAUACGAAGGGCAAACGGAGCCCCUAGUAUGGUUAUUCAAGGACCUCCCCCGACUGCUGCCCCUAGGUCAAGGUCGUUAAAAAUCGUAGGUCCACGUCCUCCACCACGACCAUCAAAGACUAAACCAAAUGAGGAACAAUUGAUAAGAUUUGAGUCGAUAGAGUCCGAGCCUGAAACUGUGUUUGAUCCAUUUGCAGUUAGUAAUACACAGUCACCUGCCAGUCAAGCAAACCUAGCUGAUGAUUCCUUCGAAUGUUCUCCAGGGUUUGAUAGAGGGAGGCCUAACCGAAGUUCGCUCAUAAACCGGUCACCUGCAUUCCGAAAAACAGGACACGAAACGCCUGUACGAAACUCCUACAAACCGGACAAUUCACCCGAAAAUUCAGAAGUCGAAGACCCAAAGCUGCUAUUCGAUCCUCUGGCUGGAUUCGACAAAUCAAUUAACCCAGCUCUUUCCAGUCUGUCAAACCCCACUAGCCCGAAAUCCCCGUCAUUAUUACAAGAAUGGUCAUUCAGCCAGCUGACCAGCUCCCCAGUGGUCAGUCCGCCCCCAAGACCACAACAAGGCACCAUGUCAAACCCUGCGUACAACAUGACAAUGCCACAAUCCAUGAGGAACCAAAAGCCACUGAUGGCGCCAAAACCAGGGCAACCGCAGUUUUGUUCAAGUCCUCUUUACAAAGACCCCAGGGUGUCGAAUCCGUUGUAUGUUGGUAUGACAUCGAACAGUACCUCUCGGGCAGUGAGUCCGACUCCACCUGCUCCUGUUCCCCCAAAUGACCCUUUUAAAGACAUCGGUGAACUGAACGAACUAGUUCGGUUGAGUAUUGGUCCUCAGAUUACCAAACCAACGAAUAUCCCGCAAGGGGAAACCAGAAAGAGUCGUACAUGGGAGACAUUCGAUUGACGUGCAUACAGAGCUAUAUAUUGACUGUGAUAUAUUUCAGUUGUUAUUUUAUGUGUGUACAUCGUUACAUUUGUACGACGUUAUGUGUGUACGCCAAUGACCGUAUACACCAUUAUGUGUGUAUGGCGUUUGUGCAGGAUCACGUUGCUGCCUGAUUGGUCUCGGAUUCAUGUGGUACUCCAUUGUUGAUAAUCAUUGUUACUUCUUGUGUUCGUGUUACCAUGGUUACCUAUGUGUCAGUCUGUUAUAGAAACUAUACAGGUUAUGUCUGUACAGGUUAUGUCGUUUCUGUAAACUGUGCAUUGAAUCAACUCAUGUGAGGCUGACUUGUAAAUACAAUAGGCUGUCAAACAAUAGAAAUUAAGAUUCUAUCACAAAGGAGAUGUUAAGGUGUUGUCAUUCUUGUAAAAUAAGAUGAAUAUAUAAACAACAUUAAAUUCGAAUGAAACUAGAGUUAUCUCCUCCUGUUGGCCUACUAGAAAUAAAUUCAUUAAAAAAAUACAUGCCUUUUGAUUUUCACCCUCUGAAAUAUAGGUUCUAAAAGUUGUAGUUUUGUUCCAAAUUUGUAAAAUUAUCAAUUGAUAAGAACUGUAAGCCAAAUAAUGAAGAAUAAAUUUCCCUAGUAAUGAAGAAUGUGUUUUAGGUGCUUUGGACAACAAAGAUAAGCAUUUCAGCUUCGAGGAAGUAAACAGUGAGCACUGUGUGUUAUUGUAGAUUGCACUGAAACUUGCCUCUUCGAGUGGUUAAACGCUGGUUGUCUGGUCGUCUGCUAUGAUCGUCAUGAAGUAUUGUGUAAUUUUGAUGUACCAGGCUGUAAAAUAACACACAAAGAUCUCAUUUGACAUUUGACGGGGGUCCGUGAUAUCAAGACGUUUGAUGUUUGAAUGAGGUGUAUUUGAAUGAAUUAAGUUUCUGUUUCCUAGAUGAGUAGUUUAGUGUCUCAUGUUUUAGACAUUAUUUGUGUCUGUACAACAAUGUUGGUAUCAUUACGAUAAUGAGGGUUCUUCAGUUGGUUUUGUUUUCGACUAUUAUCUAGACAUGAAUCUGCUCAAUUAAGUUCAAGGAAACCUCGCUGAUUUACAUGUGACUAGACUAUCGCUUACCGUAGUCUCAAAAUAUACAUAAUUUUGAUUGAAACAAACAGCUCCAUUUAGACUGAAAAGGAGCCCCAGUGAGAUGGGUGAUUCGGGAACUGUUGAAAAUCUAGACUUGCCCCAUUUGUAAUAUUUAGGGCUAUAGCAUUACAAUAAGGGCAGGGUGGAAGGGGAAAUAUUCUACUCAAAACAAGUUUAGGAACACCCGUUUUGACAGAUUAACAUCUAGUAUAGUAAUAUGGAAAAAAAUGGGUCCCCCUUUCUUCUUUUGAGUAGUAUAAAAUGGUUCAGGGACUGUUAGACAGACUAACAUCCAGAGUAUGAUUACGGUUGUGAAGGGCUGUAAUCUUCAACUGCCUUCAUUUAACAUCUGGGGCGGUCCGGUAGCCUAGUGGUUUAUGUGUUCGCUCGUCACGCUGAAGACCCAGGUUUGAUUUCUGACAUAGGUACAAUGUGUGAAGCCCAUUUCUGGUCCCCCUGCUGGGAUAUUGCUGGAAUAUUUCUAAAAGCGGCAUAAAACCAUACUCACUCACUCACUCACUCAUUUACCAUCUGUUUGUGUCUCAGUUGCAUUUUUCGAGUGACUUUUUCCAAGAUACCUCCUUGCAUUAACCCUUGUGAACUAGUUUUGCACUGAACACAUCAACUAGGUAAAUCAGUUUCUUCUGAGAUGAUGACUAGAAUUUAUUUUGUUCUGCACAGUUAGUAUUAUGAUUGUAGACCAUGGGGAUCAGUUUUAAGAUUAGUGUUUACAGUCUUAUCUUUUGGGGAAAUAUUUGUUAAUCCCUGGUAUCAAAAGGCGUCUGUAAGUAUGAAAACAUCACUGCUGUAAAGGGGCACCCAUAGGUCAGACAAGUAACACUGACAGACCAUGGUGCUCUUAAGGAUUCCGUGCGAACCGAGGUGCCGUUGUGCAACGUAACCUUAGCGCAACGACUGUCGUAAGUCUGUUAAGGUAUGGGAGUUACAAUCACCUUAACGCUAAGAUUGCUUAAGGAUUCCGUGCGAACCGAGGUGCCUUUGUGCAACGUACGUAACCUUAGCGCUACGACUGUCGUAAGUCUAUGUGAAGGUAUGGGAGUUACGACCACCUUAGUGCUAAGAUAGCUUUGGACAACGGCACCCAAGUUGUUACGUUACACUGUACCUUGCUGGACAAUGUGUGACAUUUACCUUUAUCAUAUAAUGGAAAGAGGUAUCACAUUCCCAUAAAUAUGCAAAUGAGAUCAGUAAACAGGAACUACUUUCAGUAGGCUCUGUACAUCAGUGGGAUGUUUACUUGUCAAAACCUGUGCAUCUCAUUCCCAAAUAUUAAGAUAUGCUUUCCUGAUGUGUCAGUGUCUAUGUCAACAAACAUGGCUGCAUGUCAUUUGGCACUACAUCAGAAAUAAGGCGAUUUACUCAGGCAUUGUAUUCCUACACUAUUUCAGAAAUUACCCAAUGUGAAUGAAAACAAGAAAAAUACUUUUUGUCAAAGGUUGUUUGUUUGUUUGUUUGUUGUUUAACGCAGCACUAAGCAAUAUUCCAGCUAUAUGAAUGCAGGUUGGAGUGGUCUGGACUUGAUAACGUACAGGCCUCUGUGAUUUUGCUGGAAUAUUGCUGAAGGAUUCAUAAGACAACAAUUCUUCACUAGGAAUGAAGUGAAAUAUAGGCUGUGACAAAUGCUAGAGAUCCAGAUAUGCUGUGUAUGUGCGUACAAUAUGUAAAACACAUUACCAUAACAUAAUUAAUUUUGGUGCCUGUGUACAAAUACAAAUACACACGAAAAAUUAAAAACCCAGUAGUAUAACACAACACUGCAUAAUUACCCCAUGUAGUCUUUUCAGAUAGACUAACAUCUAGUCUUUGAAAUCAACCUAUUUUACAGAUAGAAACAGUUGUUAAAUCAUAGUUGUGAAAUGUAAUAAAAAGGAGCCCAGAGACUUCCUUCAUUUUCAGACAAAAAUAUAGUCUCUGAAAUGAACAAAUUUUAUGGAUAAAAAUAGUUGCUAAGUAAUAGUUAUGAAAUAUAAUAAAAAGGAGCCCAGAGACUCCCUUCAUUUUCAGACAAAAAGAUAGUCUCUGAAAUGAACAAAUUUUAUGGAUAAAAAUAGUUGCUAAGUAAUAGUUAUGAAAUAUAAUAAAAAGGAGCCCAGAGACUCCCUUCAUUUUCAGACAAAAAUCUUGUCUACUGAUUUCCUGAUACUGCAGUUUUCUAGACUUGCUAAAUAUUAUAGACUUGCAUGGGCUGUAUUGGAUAUAUUUGUUUCAGGGUCUGUAUGACAGACUAUCUUUUCAGCUUGCAUAGCUAUACAUCUUUACAGAUAUUUACUGACUGAUAUUGUAACUUAGACAUGUAUUGCUGUUGUGCUCAUGUGACGCACUUGGGGAAGCUAAUGAACAGGUGAAAUAGAAGCCAUUGAGGCAGAGCUACUGUAAAGAAAGGUCCUCUCAUUGGUGUAACAAUACCCACUAUACUGGAUCCAAGUGAGCAGAAACACAUGGAGUACCCAAAGAAUAUUAUCUAUACCCCAUGUGUUUACAUGUGAGUAAUAGGCGACUUACGAGAUCAGGUCGUCAGGCUCACUGUCUUGGUUGAAGCAUGUCACCGUGUCCCAAUUGCGUGGAUCAUUGCUCAUGAUGUCAAUCACUGGAUUGUCUGGUCCAGAAUCAAUUAUUUACAGACAACUGCCUUAUAGCUGGAAUAUUGUUGAGUGUGGCAUUAAACAACAAAUUUACAAAACAAACAAACAAACAAACGUGUGUGAAUACUCAGUAGCUUAUAAAACUGUCUGGAGCCUUGAAAUAGCAAGUUUGACAUGGUAUGAGUAUUAUUGUUCAUGUGAAUAGCAAGUUUGGGAGGGAAGAGACUGAACACCUCAAUAAUUAGAUAAAAUUUAAUAAAGGUCAUAGACAAUACGCAGGAAAUACUAUAAGUUGUCAACUCUCUAGGGUUAUAUGGUGUGAUGUACCCUGUGUUUGAGUCUGUGUACCCCAAGGCUCGGGGUACAUAGGCUCACACACAGGAUACAUUACACCAAUGCCCCAAAUGAAUUGACAACGAAUUUAUCUCACCGACAUUCAUUCAUACAGACCCAGAAAUAAAAUAUCUGAAGUUUCACUGAGUAAAAUGCUUUGAUUCAACCAUUUUGACAGCUAGCAGAUGAUGCAUACAGAAUUAAUUCCCUUUACCCAAUGCAUUCGAAUAAGCAUCGGUCCAUUUCAGCUCAACGCGAGAUUACCUAAUGUGUGUUCCGAUUAAUAUAUCAGCGGGAUGCAUGGAAAAUAAUUGCCCUCUCCUUAACCAAUUAGAAGCUAGUAUUUUAAUGUAAGGUGAGAUAAAAUAUGUUAUAGAAUGUUAUGAAUUAUUUUGCUAUGAAGGAGAUGAAGGUGCAGAAUGCAUCAUAUUUUUGUAUGAAGUUGCAGUUACUGUGUGAAGAGAGCACUUGUUAUCAUGUUACUGCUCUGAGUGUUAUAGUCAAUUGUAGGAUGGUUUAAACUUGUUUGUGUUACAUUGAAGGGAAAGGUCAACAACCACUUACCUUGAUCUGUAGGGAAAUUAAUGGGACUGAAAUAUGUUAUGGUGUAAUGAUUCAUUAAAUAUAUAUCAAAAUCGUACAGGCACAGUGAUAUUAGCUCAAUGCUCUUUCAGUGAGAGAGAUCGUUAUUUCAACUUUUGUGAUCACCUGAAUUUUUCUUCAUCAUCAUCAUGUGUAUGGCAGGUACAUUUGUCUUUUGAUUCUAUAUUAUGAGAUGAGGGCCUUGUCCCACAAAGCAGUCUAAGCAGUACAACUAUCAUAAGCCAGUGGGGGGUACGGGUGACCCAGUCGUUUAAGGCGCCACAAUUCGGUGUGCAGAGUUUAGUCCCUCGGACACGCCAAAACCUACGAUUGUGGAUUCAAAUCCCGGGUUGCCCUGAUUAUGUUUCUAGGUUUGUCAGCACCAUAGGUUUCACCGAAGUGGUAAACAUCUGAGACCUGUGCCACUUCAGGCUUUCCUCCCUCAAUAAGCUGACAUGCCAUGAUAUAACUGGAAUACUGUUAAAAGCGGCGUUAAAACCAACUCACUCACUCACUCAUAAGCCAAUGUUAAAGCAUGGGAGAUACAAUCACCUUAGCGUAAAGAUCGCUUCCUGGAAGCGGGCCCUGACCAACUUUAUGUCCUAGUGUAGACUUUGUACGUCAAUAAUCCCUGGUGAAAUCCUUUUGUCAAAAGCUGUAGUGAGCGACUUCCACAUCAGUGCAGUCAAUCACAAGGUCACAUAAAAUUUUCUGUGAAGGGGGGUGGUGAUUGGAGGGGAAAGGGGGUGGGGGUACAAAAUGAAACAUGAUGCAGCGAAACGAGGGGUAUGAAAAAGUUAUAUAGAUCAGUCUCUCUUUCCUCCUCCACCUCUUCCUCCUUUACCUUCUUCUCCUUGUGUUUACUAGUGUCGGAAAGUUUGAAAUAUGUCCCACCUGUUGUGAACUAAAAUUGGGAGGAUCUGGUGAUCGGGUGUUUGCCUUGGCUCAGUGUCUUUGUGCCUCAUGGCGUAAUUUGUUGCUCACCAUUUCAGUCACUGGUUGACCUGGGCUCAUUUGCACAAACCCAUCUCAGCCAUCUUAGCGUUACAACAGUCAUAAGUCACUGUUAAAGUAUGGGAGUUACAAUCGUCUUAGCGCUAAGAUACCUUUAGUGCAAGUGGUCGCUGGAACCCAUUUCACAAAGCGAUCCACAAAUCAUAGCGCUAAGACAGUCACCUCAGCUAUGAUUGCUUUGUGAAAUGGGGCCCUUGCCUAGACUAGAUAACUUACAUGCCACUGUGAUAGUGCUGGGGUUCAUUUAGAAGAUUAUUCUCUUGAGAUUAACGAACACAUAAUAGUGACCUCAUUUCACCAUCUAGAUAUGUGCUAAACUUCGAAACAAUUUGAUUAGACUACAGGUGAAAUGGAACUUCAAUUGUCAAGGUAUCAAGUUACCAUGAUUACAGGAUAAUGGUUACAUUAUGUCGUCAGGGGGUGUACAGUUGAACCCUUUGUCUCCAACUCCUGGGGACCAGAGAAAUAGUAUAACUUGUCCAGGGUUUGACACAUCACACUCGACCAGAUUGACGUCAGAGUAACAUUUAACUUAUUUGUAAUUCUUUGUACUAUAAAUUGACUAAGAGACAACCAGGAAUUUGACACCUCCCUGUUUCUCACUUCUAGGUUAGGGCGGUUGGGUAGCCUAGUGGUUGGAGCGUUCGCUCCUCACCCCGAAUACCUGGGUUCGAUGGGAUACAUGGGUACAAUGUGUGAAGCCCAUUUCUGGUGUCCCCUGCCGUGAUAUUGCUGGAAUAUUGCUAAAAGCGGCGUUAAACCAUACUCACUCACUCACUUCCAGGUUAAUUUUGUGAUAAAUAUAGUAAGAGUUUGCCAGGACCCGGAUGUGAGUUUGACACAACCAUGAAUUUGGCACACCCGACCGAGUUCAAGACAUGGUUUGACUGUAUUUGCUAAGCUAUCCAGUUGCCAUGGUUGCUGGAUAAUUAUUAUGUUAUCCCCUGGGUAUAUAUAUACUUAACUGUAUAUUGCAUUGUAAAUAGCAUCUUUAAGAUAAAUCUGAGCUUUAAGUGAAGCUGUAAAUGCUCGAUGGGUUCUGCAAUAUGUAGCAUAGUGUACUAUAAGUCAAGUGCAUUUGUUGUGUGUAGAUAUCAAUAAAUAAACAAGUGCACAGGUG